AUGCUGAACCUAUUUUCAUGCUCAUAUGCCAAUGUAAUUUUCUGUGAAGCUCCCGACCCUGUAUAUAACAAAAGACUUGUUGGUGCUGAGAUCAAGGUCCUCAAUUCUACUGACGGCCUGACCAACGGAAUUCAAUGUGGUGAACCAGUAUCAGAAGACGACGUCACAAGAUCGCCAUUGGUUGAAUUUUUCUGCGACCCACCAGUUAAGGGACGUUAUGUGAAACUAAGGCUUGCAACACAGAAUUUUAUAACUAUUUGUGAAGUUAAAGUUUACAGUGAUGACUUCGAGACUGAGCUUAAUUGCGAUGACCUUUUCCCAAUCGGAAUCUGGCCAAUGAACGUUAUCUAUCAGCUACGCGACGUAUCUGGAAAUGGUUACGAUGGAAACGCAUCAACAGCUCCACAGUUUACUACCGGAUUCACUGGUAAAAAAGGGGAAGCGAUUGUAGUGAAUCCAAAUUUGCGUACGAGACUUGCAAUACCCCUCCCUGAUCAAGUAGCAGGUUCUACCUUCACGAUGGCGUUUUACGUGUUUCCUUUUAAUGGAUCCAGUGGAGUCAUAUAUGAAUUCGGCCAAUUUCAAAUCAUCCAUGCGUCAACGAGCGAAUUUGUAUCCAUAUCGCAAAUAGCGGUUAUUUAUAAUGAUAAAGAGGUUAUUCAAUGCAACGUCGUCCGCCAUGAGGAGUGGACCUUCUUUGCCGUUACUUUCUAUGGUUUUGAACGAAAAAUACAACUUUGGCGAAACGGAGAGAUUGCCUGUAUGGCCAAUACGACAUUCUCAAAUAUCACAUUUGAAAGCCCGAUGGUGUUUGGUUCUGAAAGUGUGCAUUUCAAGAUAGCAAAGUUACAGGUAUACGACCGGGCACUUGAUGAAGCUGAGAUGGAAGUGGCUAAGGAUCGUCAUAUCGGUACUCUAAGUAUUUAA